AUGGAGGAAGAAAAGGGAGAAGACACGUUCUUUCCAAGAAGGAGAAGUUUUACUUUCGGUGCGUAUGGAAGAACGGAACCUGCGGACAACAACACAAUGGACAUCUUGGACUGCCUUGUCAAUGACACCAAACCAGGCCUGUCUGCCAGCAUCAGCCAGAAAGACACAGAGCUGUUUGAAAUAAUUGAAAAAUUGCAGGGCAGCAGACUUGAUGAGCAACGAUGUGAAUUCCCCCUGCCUCUUAAGUCUCAGUUUUUGACCAUAGGUGGAGAGCUGCCAAUCAUCCUCCCUUCAAAGCUAGGGCGCUACUGGAUAGAUCCUCCUUUGCAUAGGCUUGCAGACAUCAGUCCCACCUCCUCCCAUUACAGCUUUAGAGCAGACAGCAACGAACUCAUGGAAAGGGAUGGCGAAGCCAAAAUCUACCAUGACUUCUUUCGCUCACGGUAUCACCAUUCAUUCACAGCAGUGGAUCCAACAUUAGGCCCAUUAGUUCUAUCUGUGUGUUUGGAGGAAGAAGAUAAUAGGAUGCGAGUCAUACUAAGAAUGAAAGAGUACACACGACAUGGCGUUUUCUCUCUGUCGCUUUUUUCCGGCAUUCCGUCUGCUGUAGAACUAGCAAAGAUGCUGUGUGACAGAGUGACUGUGUCAAAAUUUGAAGCAGUCACCUACCUCAAGGCCCCGGGACUAAUAAGUGCAUUUGAUGAACAUAGAAUGUCUUCCAAUUUCAAGUUUGGCGUAUUAUACCAAAAGGAGAAUCAGUUUACUGAGGAGGACAUACUCGGUAACGACGAGGAAAGUGCUGAGUUUACUGAGUUUCUCUCUAUCUUGGGAGACACGGUUCAACUUCAUGGCUUCACUGGGUUCAGAGGAGGUCUUGAUGUGUGUCACGGCCAGACAGGAAGUGAGGCCAUCUUCACUUCCUUUCACGGCAGAGAAGUCAUGUUCCAUGUAGCGACUAAAUUGCCAUUCACAGAGGGUGAUCCCCAGCAGCUGCAAAGAAAGAGACACAUUGGUAAUGAUAUUGUGGCGCUGGUUUACCAGGAGGGUUCAACUCCUUUCCUUGCUGAUGUCAUUAAGUCACACUUCCUGCACUGCUUUAUUGUGGUCCGGAGGGUUCAGAGUGGGAAGACCGACGAUACUGGCCAAACUGCAUAUCAGAUAUCUGUAACAGCCAGAGAGGAUGUUCCUCUAUUUGGUCCCAUCCUUCCAGAUCCUCCAAUCUUUACAGAUCACUCCCUACUGAGAGAAUUCCUCCUGACCAAACUCAUCAAUGCAGAGAUUUCCUGCUAUAAAGCUGAGCAGUUCAGCAGGCUGGAGCUGCGCACUCGUUCAUCACUUCUGGAGAGUCUGCUGGCAGAACUCUCCACCCGUUCGCACUGCAUGCUGGGAGAUUCGUUAUCCUCUCUCCCCACUGCUGAGAGUGUCAGAGGGGCAUCUGAAAGCAGCGGGGGAUUCAUAGAGAACUUUAAGAGGGCCAUCAGAGUGCGGAGUCAUUCCUUCGAGACCCUCGGAGUGCCGAGGAAGAUCAGUGGCAUUUCAGUACAGAAACCAAAGGCAGACAAGGAUUCAGAGAGUGAAAGCAUGGCACCAGAUCCAGCAAGUCCUCAAGAGGAGGCAAAGAAGAACUCAUCAUUAUAG